UAUUGCUGGAUGAGUGAACUCGCAUCGCUGAUUGUAGUCUAUCAUCGAAAGGCGUGUAGAAAACACGCGUUGUGAUAACAGACGUACAGACAAAAAGUUCGAAAUCAUGAAACCAAUGAUAUUGAUUCUUAAUUUAUUUAUUGCGGUUGUGCAUAUAAUAGGUUUUAGCGAUGAUGUCACGGACAGAAUGGCAGAUUUAUUAUCAAUGUCGAGAACGGAUGUAGAAAUCUGUAUGAAUAAGUCAAAUGUAAACAUCAAUGAUUUGAUGAACAUGGAUCAGCGGAUAGAUGACGAUAUAAUAACAACAGAUAUUGAAAAAUCAACUUUAAAAGUUGGUUGUUUAUUUGUCUGCCUAUUACAGAAAAAAGAUAUGAUGAAUGUAUAAUUUAAAAGAAAUAAUUUGUUAAUUAUAUUAUUUGACUUUAUAUAUUGUUUGACAUGAUAUAAUAGAGAAGGUGGUAAUAUAGCCAGUGUGAAUAAUAUGGCUACCCAUAUUAUCUCCGUUAUUAGCUGAAGAAUUCUAGUAAUUAUUUAUAAUAUCAUUUAUUUAGUAGCCUACUGUUACAUAAUGUUAAUAUGUCAAAACACAACAGUCAACAUUUGUUAUAAGGCAUUCUUAAUUUUAAGAAUUUCGAAAAAUUUUUUAGGUACAUUUUAACAUUUAAUUACACAUACUUCCUCAUUUUUUUUAAACUUAACAGCAUUAUCACCCAAAUGUAUGUACACUUGAGUGCUUUUUUAUCAUUUAACUCUUUAUUCGGCUCUAUAUAUUUCGAGUUAUACAAAAUUAAACGAUAAUAUAGUAUGUUGUCAAUAUGGCCAUCUAAGUGUGCUAGUAAUGUGGUCACUUUCGAGAUUUCCAUAUCGACAAAAUUCUUGAUAAAUCGAUUAAAGACUUAAUUUAAGGCUGUUAAUUUUUUUAAAUCCUUUAUGUUAAUAAAGUUAUUUAGA